AUGAUCAUGAAAAACUCCACACAGGUUUCAUAUUUCACUCUCACAGCGUACUUCAACACCGGCGCAUUUCAAUACUUAUAUUUCACAAUUGUUCUGUCUGUCUAUGUUGUGAUUAUUGGUGCCAAUGUGCUGUUAAACGUGGUGAUCUGUGUGAACAGGAGCCUCCAUGAGCCCAUGUACAUGUUCCUGUGCAGCCUGUUUGUCAAUGAGCUGUAUGGUAGUACAGGCUUGUUUCCACUGCUGCUGGUCCAGAUCCUCUCUGAACUUCACACUGUUCCUGCUUCUCUCUGCUUCCUGCAGAUCUACUGCAUCUACACGUAUGCAAAUGUGGAGCUUUGUAACCUGGCCGUCAUGUCCUACGACCGCUACGUGGCCAUCUGUCACCCUCUGCAGUACAGCACACGCAUGACGCCACAUAAGAUCGCAGUGCUGGUUGCUCUGACCUGGUUCUGUCCUUUUCUUUUAGUCGGUGUUCUGAUUAGUCUGAGUGCUCCUCUGCAGCUCUGUGGAAACGUCAUCAACAAAGUGUACUGUGAUAAUUACUCUGUGGUGAAGCUGUCCUGCUCCGACACCUCCGUCAACAACAUCUACGGCAUCACCUUCACAGCGCUGGCCGUCGCCGUCGUCCUGCUCAUCCUCUUCAGCUACCUGAGGAUCCUGAAGGUGUGUUUUUCCGGCUGUAAGCAGAGCAGAGCGAAGGCGGUGAGCACCUGCACGCCUCACCUGGCCUCUCUCAUCAACUUCUCCUGUGGCUGUUUCUUUGAGAUUGUGCAGAACAGAUUUAAUAUGAGCCGAGUGCCCAACGUGCUGCGCGUCUUCCUGUCCUUGUACUGGCUCACAUGCCAGCCGCUCUUCAACCCUCUGGUCUACGGCCUGAACCUGACCAAGAUCCGCAUCACCUGUAAAAGUCUCGUCUUUGGUAAAAUGUAA